AUGUUUUCAUCAACAGAUGGAGUAGAUGGUGUUCAGCAAAAUUCGAAGCGGGUCCUUAAGUACACUGGGGAGAUGGUGAAGUUACUGCAGGUGAUGGAUAGAACCACCUCUUCCAACUGGGCAUCCCUCUCACCACUACUCACACAAAUUCUCAAGUGUCUCGAUAGCAACGUUGCAGUGGCAUCGGAGGUUUUGCCGGAUCCCACACUUUUAUGCCGCGUUCUUUGGAAAUGUUUAGACCCGAAAGGCGUGAUGGGUGUACACCGUAAGGCCUUGGAUGUACUGCAGCGUCUGUGUCAGUGUAUGGGGCCUUUUUCUGUUUUGCAGCAGAUGCCAUUACUACUCGUUGGUGUGCUUGAACUCUUACCGCACUGUUGUAUGCAACUUAAAUGUGAGUUGCUUCAAUUUGUAAAGGUGUAUAUGUUAGUUGGAUUACCUCCUGAAGUGGUGGCGGUGGAACUUCCUGGUCUUAUUGCGGCGGUUCUAAGUGGAUUUGAAGAGAGUGAGACGAGUGAGGUGUAUCGUCUCUCAUUGCAGAUAAUGGAAAACCUUCACCGAAUAGUUAAUAGUGCGGCAUUUACUGUUACCCCAAAAGGUACUCAAGGAGUAAAAGAGAGUUAUCAUUAUGAUAAUAAUGAUAACACUAAUAAUAAUAAUUAUUAUUGUUAUUAUUAUGGUAAAGAGAAUAAUAAUAAUAAUAAUAAUAAUAAUAAUAAUAAUAAUAAUAAUAAUAAUAAUAAUAAUAAUAGUAAUGGAAACAAUAGUCAAUCAUGUUUUGGCGAUGCAAUAAUUUAUCGAGCAUUGUGGUUUACGUUAAAAAAUUCUCCUUCAUUACGUGGGGCUGUUUUGCAUUACUUUAAAUUGCGUUUAUCUCAAACCACUACGCAUACGGAUAGUAAGAAUGAUAAUGCGAAUAAUGAUGAUAGUAAUACUACUAUGGAUCCACAGUUUUCUACGGAUGAGCAAAAAGGAUGCUCUAUGUUAAUAUCCAGUAUACCGCUCUCUAUCAUUGUAGGAGGAGAUGCACGAAUUGCUCACAGUGCCAUCUUUGCUACUCUCCAGGAAAAGAAUGAGCGAAAGCAACGACUUAUGCUCGAUGUACUCAUUACUGCCUUUCCACUGGGUGUUCAAUCCAUCUUCACCUUUUCUGAAGAGUCUCUCUUAGUGGCAGCCGUUGUGCAGUUGUUAGGUCUUCCAGAUGUGACGAGUAGUAUUCGACGACGGGUCGCUGAUUGGUUAAUGGGGCCUAAUAGUAGUGAUGAGGCAUUUCAAUAUGUGCAUGAGGUUUCAUCCUUUCGUGUGGCUCAGGCUUUUCAUGGAAUUGUUCAAUGGUGGGAAUUACAUUUAAAUAUUCCAAUUGCCCAAAAUACACGGAGAAGUACUACGAAGGAAUUGAGUCCAUUAGAAGAAUCUUAUUAUCAAAUUUUAUACACUAGUGCACGUGAAUUUUUCUCUUCUACCUCAUCUUCCUCUCACUCCACAAUGAUGAAUAUAGAUGCUGUGGGAAUGGAUUUACUCCCCAUUGUGUGGUUGCGAGCCCUUUUAAAUCUUUUUGAGAUUGUAAUUGAAUCAGAUGUAGUGGAUGAAGAUAUUUUUUUUUCCGUGGAUUCCCAUACAGAUGGGGAUCCUAACAAUUCAAAGUCUGCUGGUAAUCCUUUUAUGGAUUAUGUAGCCCCUUUAGUGAUGCCGUACGUCUGUGAUAUUCUUGUCUCUAUGGAGUUUAGAAAACGAGAGGAUUCACGAGAGAAGAGUAGUAUGAAGUUAACACUUUCUGCGUUUUUGAAAGUUGUUCCUUUACAGUAUUUCACACGAUAUGUGCGUGGGAUUCUCUUAAUGCUGAGUAACUCUGUGGAGCAGUUAGAGAAAUCCACUUUAUCUAGUGAUCCUAACAAUGCUCAUGCGGAUGUUUGUGGUAGUAGUAAUAAUAAUAAUAAUUGUACUACUACUACUGCUACUACUAGUGCUGAUAUUCAUGAAAUUGAAGAAGAAAAUAAUAAUAAUAAUAAUAAUAAUAAUAAUAAUAAUAGUGUGAGAAAUGUUUUAACGGCACCAACACCCCCGCAGGGUUUACGUAAUAAUGUAGAGGACACUUUAAAUCCCUUAACAUCAAAGGAAGAUUGUGAAAAACUCCUCUUAGACCUGCACGUUUGGUUCCAGCAACUCCAUUCCAUCAUGACGGUUGUAGAGACGCAUUUAAUGGAAUUUAUGAAUCGCAGUUCAGAAGAAAUGACGGCUUUUCAUAAAGAUAUAUUAAACACAUGUGAUACACUUUGUAGAAUAGUGUUAAGAGUGUCUAAAGUAUCCUGUGUGUUGAAUACAAUAGAAAACACAUCAGAGCCAACUUGGAAGGAAGAACUUUUGAGAAAUGCUCAUUAUUUGAUUGAAGGAUCACUUAAUCUCUUUCAUUUUAUUUUCUUCAGGAUCUUCUCAACGCUGCAGAGCCAAUAUAAACAAACGAAAACGGAUGUGAUAGUACAGAAGGAUGAUGAAGUGAUACUUCUCACAAACAUUAUGUACAGUUCCAUAUCUAUCGCAUCAUUAGUACUGAAUAAUAAUAAUAAUAAUAAUAAUAAUAAUAUGUGGAUAAAUACAUUGACGUAUCUUAACAAUACCAUCUUUUCACUUCUCUCACAUACAACACCACUGUGUGAAUCGGAGUCUCUCUUGAGUAAUGAGAAAAAAAUGGUAAGUAUAAAGAUUAUACAAGACUGGCUGCAAUCUCUAAUGACACUGGUAAACUCCGGAUCUCCUGUAGUAGAAGAGAAUGUAUUAUUAUUGUAUGUAGAGCUUAUAAAAUCUAAUACCAUUUUACCAGUUUUACAUAAUAUGAUAAUGGAAAAAUAUUUCAUGGAGAAUUUCAUACAACGACUAUGGCAUUUACUAGGUACAUGUGAAAUAGAAAUGCAACCACAGAUGGUGGAUCUUCUUAUACAUAUGUACAGUAUUCCCUCUGGACGUGAUAUUCUUGAUAUUCUCACUACUGAAGAAACUAUUGAAAAUGGUGAACGAUUAAUUCUCUUAUUUCGCUUACUUGCAGAGAAGGAGACUUCAGAGGAGAUAUUCUUACCAGGACUCUUUAUGAUGCUUCGAGCUUUAACGCAUACAAAUGCCCCAUUACGUUGGUUAGCUCAAUCUAUGAUACGACAAUCUCUUUCUCAUUUUUCUCGUGUAUUAAAUCCACUCUUUCUUCAAUGGAAAGAAUAUCAAUGGCAUAAUGCUUUCUCUGAGGAAUGUAUGCAAACAGCAAGUAGUGGAAAUAAUACUUCUUCUUCACCUUGUUGUGAUUCUCCUGAUGGGAAACGGUCUGGAGUUAUUUCAAUAGAACCAAGAGAAUUUGUUUAUAUAAUCCGACAUAUCCUUAUGAUUCCUUCUUGUUUUCAGGGUAUAUUAAAUCAACUCCAGCAGAUGGAACCACCAUUGAAUAGUCAAACAGUAUUAUCUAAUUUAUUAAAGGGUCUUCCCACAUCAAGUGUACAUUGUGGAAUAGAAGAGAAAAUGGAGGAAACACCAUCUUCUGCUUUGGCCAUGUUGAGUUAUGUAUUAGUCGCUAUUGCUCGGCAGAGUCUUUUACCGGUAUCUUCUGAGAAGAUUGAAAUAAAUGAUCAUAAUCGUUAUGAUGGGGAACUCUGUUUAGAGGCCUGUGGGACGUUAAAUUUGUUGUUGGAGGGAAGUUUACGAUAUUUACAUCUUUCCCAAACCACUAUACAGACCUGGCGAUAUACUUCUGUGUAUAUAAUGUUACUUCUCCGCACGGCUGUAGAUAUUCCGUUUUUACCCGCUGCACAAAUUCUCAUGUUACAUCAUCUUUUAAAUGCGAUGCGGUACUUAAAUGCGAAUAAAGGAUCAGGAAUGAAUUCUCUUUCAAAUAUCCCACACUCAUUAUAUAUGGAAAAGGGAGACAUACAUCGUGAGACGACAGCCAUCGUAUCAACUACUACUACCGUAUUAUUAGUGAAUAGGGAUAAUAUUGGAUCUUUGCGCAAUUGCACUGAUUUAAUUAAAUCUUGUGAAUUUCACGAGACUGUGGCUUUGGGUAUUGAACGAGCAGCCGCAACCGCACGUAUGCAAGAAUGGGCGAAUUAUGAUCUUCUUUCUGUUUGGUGUGAUACUAUUCUACAAUUCUUACCAUACUUGGGCAAUGAAAGAGAGAUUAUGUCCACACGACUGGUGAAAAUAUUUAUUCGUGUAAUAGAUAGUUUACUUCAAGAAAAAGUUUCUUUAACAGGUGUAAAUACUUCACGAGUUGUGGUAAAGUGUAUUGAGAGUAUUUAUAAUAUUCUUGAGUAUCAUUUUAACACAGUAAGACAACUUCACAGUGAUAGUACAAGUGCAAAAAAGAGUAAUAACAAUAAUAACAAUAAUAACAAUAGUAGUACUGGUAAUAGUAGUAGUAAUAAUAAUAACAGUAAUAAUAAUACUAAUACUAAUACCAAUUGGUUCUCAGCACGUGUUCCAAUUUUCGGUGGGAAUUCCUCUUCAUCUUCUGAAAAGGGAAUAAAUUCCAUCUCAACAAUAAUCUCCAGUACAGAAGUGGUACAAAUGACGAUGGAGCAUAUUGUUUCAACACUCUUUACGGUAUAUCUUCACACCCAAGAAGCCCAGAAACUACAGCCAUCACGAUAUAAGGAGGAAAGACGAGGAAAAAGUGUGGGAUCUCAUCAUCUUAAUAAUAAUAAUAAUAAUAAUAAUAAUAAUAAUAAUAAUAAUAAUAAUAAUAAUAAUAAUGUUUGUUGUGAUAUCUCUGCAGCCUUUCGAGUUGAGACCGCUUUGCACCGUGUUCUGCGAUUGUGUGGACAAGAGGUGGGCGCAGAGUUUUUCAGAACGUAUAUCAACAUCUGGAUAAAUACCUUUGCAGAGUCUAUGAUUACGAAACUCAUAUAUCCAUCCAGUAGCAUUUCGGAUAAUAGAGAGAAUGUGGAAUUACCCAUCCGUAAGGAAUCUACUACGAAUAUGGAUAUUUUCUCUGAACUCCUGUUAAAUCCCUGCAGUGAUGGGGAAUCACAGUUGUUGUUAUUCAGACUUCUUCAAACAGGCGUAGAGACAACGGCGUUAUCAUUAAUUCGUAUGGCUGAGGAAUUACUGGUUCAACGGCCUUCUCUCUCUAAUUCCCAUCCUUCAUCUGAAAUAACAUCACAUCUUCCAUUUGAUGCGGCGGUGUUUUUUUUCAUUCACACAUUUCUUCGUGUUUGUCGAUUGCCCAGCGAUGAGGCCAAAGACGUAUUAACGGCAUUCAUUGAUCUCACCACAAUACAUUUAUCUAAUGAUGCCUCGUCCAUCAUAUCACUGCCGUUUAUUCUCCUUGUGCUUUCGGAUUUUGGACCCAUGAACUCCGUGGUCUUGUUAAAAAGACCUGAAGAAACCGAUUCUUCUUCUUCUUCCUCUUCCUCUUCUUCCUCUUCGCAGAAGAUGAGAGAUAAACGGCUGGUCUCAGUUAUUUGCAAAGUGCUGGAUUCCUUUAAAAAUGUAUCCCUCAACACUACCACCACAGAGUUAGAUCCUCUACAAUUCUCAUUUAAGAUCAUUGCUGUUACACUUUCCUCUCUUACACAUACUGCAAUAACAAUAACAAGAGGAGGUGGAGGAGGUGUAUCUAUGUCUACAUCUGAUCAGGAUCGUAUGGCCAUAUCGGCAUUAGGGCUUUACAAACGUUGUCUUUUACCGAUAUUUCUCUUUGGCAUUGAAUCAAAGUCUGUUGUGGAGAUCCACAGACGUACACCAUUAGUGCGGGCGGCACUUUCCGCCACUUUAGUAUUAAUACAACUGGGAGAGACGGUCUCUCGUCGUCUUCGACAGGAGUUUAAGGAGAUUCUCUUUACAUGUGAGUUAUUUCAAUAUCCACAUACAGUCGUUCAUGCAUGGACACUUGUCUUUGAACGUCUCUCACAAGAUCGGGUAUUUCAUGCAGAAGUUGUGCAGAUGUUCGCUCCAUCUUCUUCUUCAACAUCUAAUCGUAUUUUUUCAUUAUUGAAUUCUUCAGAGGAGGAGGAACGACAACGUAUUCAACAAAUGAAACGACUUAUCUUUUAUGUAAUGUCUAUACCACGGCGAUUGCUGGCCUCUGAUAUGGAGUUUUGCCUGUUGCUGCGAGAACGCAUUACGGAAACCCUCCGCUUAUCAUCAUCUUGUUUAUCCAGUAAUACUACUUCUAAUACUAAUACUAAUACUAUUACUACAAAUAUGGAUACAACUACUGCUGUUCGUCGUGUAUUGAAUUAUCAAUCUAUACGACAGACACUUUUUCUUUUUCGGGUUCUCAUGACGAAAUUAGAUCCCGUUUUGUUACGUCCUUUUUGGCCACUUGUGUUGCCUGAAGUGUUGCGGGCAUUAUUAUUGCGAUCUUCCUUCGAUCAUUCCACAGCAAGUAAUGAAAAACAAAAGGUAAAAGAUGUAAAGGGAGAGUUAUUGGCACUGCAAAUGGAAUGCCUUAAACUCCUUGAUUUUGCUGUAGUGAUUAUGCCAGAAGCUAUUUCACCCUUUCGUUGGGUAUUCUUUGAUGAUGUAAAUGUAAGUGGGUAUAUCUGUAAUGUUGAAACAGGUAUAUUUACACCAAUUGUUCCUCGAUUGAUUAUUACUACUACUACUACUACUACUACUACUACAUUUCAACAAGUUGUUCAGAUUGGUGAUGUAUGGGCAACUAACCCAUUUACACUCGAUGGUAGUACUGUUGGUCGUACUCAUUGGAAUGGAUAUCAACGACCAUUAUUGCGUUAUCCGCCAAUGUAUUAUCUUUCUCUUAAAAGUAUUCACGGAUGUGCGGCUGCCCUUUCUUUAUUCUCUCAACUCUCUGGUAUUGUAGUAAUGUGCAAGACACCGCAGCAACACCAUCAGAAACGACGGCAGUUGGUGGAACAAACACGACUUUUGGAUGGUUGGGAUGAGACAUACGUUAAAUCAUUAUUAGAGGAAGACUUUUCGUGUGUGGAGGAGGAGAAGGAAAAUGUAAAAGAAUCUUCUUAG